UGGAGUUAAAGAGGGAGAACUAGAGCAACGGCGGCGAACAGGGGACAGCCAGCGCGAGCGAGAAAAUGAGAAGUCCGGCGCGUGUAGAAUGAGUAUGAUCAACUAAACUGCGCACUUUAAUAACAGCCUACGUUUUUUUUAAUCAUAGAAACGGUGUGAACUUAGUUUUUGGAGUUCGACAGAGUCGGGCUAGUUAGUCAAACGUUUUAGACGACUUAACCCACAUGGUUCCGUGACUUCAAAAGCGAUUAUUGUGGAGUUGUUUAUAUCGUUUGAAUUACCUCAGCCUCGAGUGGCGGGAUUAAGGGGGCCGGGAGAGAGAGAGAGAGAGAGAGAGAGAGAGAGAGAGAGAGAGAGAGAGCGAGAGGAGAAGAGAAGGUGGGGCAGAGUGAGUCGAGCGCUUACUACUGUCCGCCCGCUUCAACUGAACCACCAACGGAUAUUCGUGCUAAAAUCGACAGGAGUAAAUCAUUGUAUGCUUAUCGGAAUUAGGAGAGAGAUAACAGCGGCUGUCAUCUUUUCCUUUACCGUUCAUUCCAGGCACUCUGAAGGAUCUACGCUGUUGGGCGCCGUAAUCCUCUGAUAUUUACCAUUUGGUCGGAUUUUUUGGAGGGGAGUGUAAAUUCCCCGGUCUUGUUGGACGAUGGCCGACGACGACGUGCUCUUUGAAGAUGUUUACGAGCUGUGCGAGGUCAUUGGCAAGGGGCCAUUUAGCGUGGUACGAAGAUGCAUCAACAGGGAGACGGGCCAGCAAUUUGCUGUGAAGAUUGUGGAUGUGGCCAAAUUCACCUCCAGUCCUGGCCUCAGCACAGAGGAUCUGAAGAGGGAAGCGAGUAUCUGUCACAUGCUGAAACAUCCACACAUAGUGGAGCUUCUGGAAACCUACAGCUCUGAUGGGAUGCUCUACAUGGUUUUUGAAUUUAUGGAUGGAGCAGAUCUCUGCUUUGAGAUUGUGAAGAGAGCAGAUGCUGGGUUUGUUUACAGUGAGGCUGUAGCCAGUCACUACAUGCGACAGAUCCUAGAGGCGUUGCGGUACUGCCAUGACAACAACGUAAUUCACAGAGAUGUAAAGCCUCAUUGUGUAUUGCUGGCAUCAAAGGAGAACUCAGCACCAGUGAAACUGGGUGGCUUUGGUGUGGCUAUACAGCUGGGAGAGUCUGGACUGGUGGCUGGAGGCCGGGUGGGCACUCCUCAAUUCAUGGCACCAGAGGUGGUGAAAAGGGAACCUUAUGGGAAACCCGUCGAUGUAUGGGGCUGUGGAGUCAUCCUCGUCAUCCUUCUCAGUGGCUGCCUGCCCUUCUAUGGCACCAAAGAGCGCCUGUUUGAAGCAAUCAUAAAAGGAAGAUACAAGUUGAAUCCCAGGCAGUGGGGCCACGUUUCAGAGAGUGCCAAAGAUCUGGUACGCCGUAUGCUGAUGCUGGACCCUGCAGAGAGGAUCACUGUGUAUGAAGCUCUCAACCACCCCUGGCUCAAGGAGAGAGACCGCUAUGCCUACAAGAUCCACCUUCUUGACACAGUUGAGCAGCUAAGGAAGUUCAAUUCCAGGAGGAAGCUAAAAGGUGCGGUGCUCGCUGCAGUCUCCAGUCACAAGUUCAACUCUUUCUAUGGCGACCCACCUGAAGAACUGCCUGACUUCUCUGAAGAGCCGACAUCAUCAGGACUGCUAGCGGCAGAAAGGGCUGUGUCACAGGUGCUGGACAGUUUGGAGGAGAUCCAUGCACUGACGGACUGCAGUGAGAAAGACCUGGAUUUUUUACACAGCGUCUUCCAGGACCAUCACCUCCACACUUUGCUAGAUCUGUAUGACAAGAUAAACACCAAGUCCUCACCACAAAUCCGAAAUGCACCAAGUGAUGCAGUUCAAAAAGCCAAAGAGGUAUUGGAGGAGAUUUCAUGCUACCCUGAAAACACAGACGCUAAAGAACUGAGACGGAUCCUAACCCAGCCCCAUUUCAUGGCCUUACUUCAAACUCAUGAUGUUGUAGCACAUGAGGUGUACAGUGACGAGGCACUGAGGGUCACUCCUCCCACAUCACCAUACCUUAACGGAGACUCACCUGAGAGCACCAACGGUGACAUGGAUCUAGAGAACGUCACACGGGUGCGCCUUGUUCAGUUCCAAAAGAACACGGACGAACCCAUGGGCAUCACGUUGAAAAUGAAUGACCUAAACCACUGCAUCGUUGCAAGAAUAAUGCAUGGAGGAAUGAUCCACAGACAAGGUACUUUGCAUAUUGGAGAUGAGAUCCGGGAGAUCAACGGUAUAAGUGUAGCAAAUCAAACGGUGGAGCACCUUCAGAAGAUGCUUCGGGAAAUGAGAGGAAGCAUCACCUUUAAGAUUGUGCCAAGCUAUCGCAUGCAACAGUCGCCCUGUGAGAAAGAAUCCCCCAACACCUCCAGACAGUCCCCUGCUAAUGGUCAUUCCAGCAUUUACAGUUCUAUCUUGGAUUUGCCGGCAACCAUCCAGCCAAAAGGAUGCCAGAUCUCCAGACCUCCAAUCAAGGAUAAAUUUUCCAUCAAGAUCUACGUGAGGGCGCAGUUCGAAUAUGACCCAAUGAAGGAUGACCUCAUCCCUUGUAAAGAGGCAGGGAUUCGCUUCAGAGUGGGUGACAUAAUCCAGAUUAUCAACAAAGAUGACCACAACUGGUGGCAAGGCAAACUGGAAAACACCAAGAAUGGCACUGCAGGGCUAAUUCCCUCUCCUGAACUCCAGGAGUGGCGGGUGGCCUGUAUAGCCAUGGAGAAAACCAAGCAGGAACAGCAGGCAAGCUGUACGUGGUUUGGCAAGAAAAAAAAGCAGUACAAAGACAAGUACCUAGCAAAACACAAUGCAGUGUUUGAUCAACUAGAUCUCGUCACGUAUGAGGAAGUAGUGAAGUUGCCUGCAUUUAAGCGGAAAACAUUAGUGUUACUAGGUGCCCAUGGGGUUGGCAGAAGACACAUCAAGAACACACUCAUCACCAAACACCCAGACAGAUUCGCUUACCCCAUUCCACACACAACCAGACCUCCAAAGAAAGAUGAAGAGAAUGGCAAGAAUUAUUUCUUUGUAUCCCAUGACCAAAUGAUGCAGGACAUCUCUAACAACGAUUACCUGGAGUACGGCAGCCACGAAGAUGCAAUGUACGGCACACGCUUGGAGACGAUACGCAAGAUCCAUGAGCAAGGACUCGUAGCCAUAUUGGAUGUAGAGCCACAGGCUCUGAAGGUGUUACGGACAUCUGAAUUUGCUCCCUAUGUGGUUUUUAUUGCUGCACCAACCAUCACCCCUGGCAUGAAUGAGGAUGAGUCAUUACAGAGGCUGCAGAAAGAGUCUGAGAUCCUUCAGAAGACAUAUGCACAUUAUUUUGACCAAACCAUCAUCAAUAAUGAGAUUGACGAGACUAUUCGGCUCCUUGAAGAGGCUAUAGACCUGGUUUGCACCACCGGCCAGUGGGUGCCAGUGUCCUGGGUCUAUUAAAACACAAUCCAAGGUGUGCCCUUCAACCCUGUAACUUUAUGCCCCUCACAACCACAUACUUUGCAAUGCAUCUCAAAAAACUUCAAAACUUUCCCUUGUUUAAAUUGGGGUGAAACCCACCUCUGACGUUCAACUACAUGGAUGUGCAAGCCCUGCAGUGAGCCCAGUUUUGGCCCCUCAUGGACUACCUAGAUGUAGUGAUGUAUCAAUAAAAAAAGAUCAAUAAAAUGAAUUACUAAAUAUUGUCAUGUCUGUAUAGCUAGGAGGCAAUAUUUUUUAGACUUUUGUUUUAAAGAGACAGUACCCUCCAUGCCGCAUUAUGAUGUGUCAUGAAUGUUUUUGUUGUGUUAAAUAAUUUUUCUAAUAUAUACAAAAAUCAUUUUUUAAUGUUCGUAUGGAAGCAAAACUGCAGUAUUACUACAGUGGAAUCCUCAUCAUUUUUUAUCUGUCCAACCCUUCUAUUUACUCGGCCAUCAUACAUAAUCCCCACAUUAUCCGUGCAGCAGACCCCCAGCAGCUUUAUCCAGUCAAGAGUUAUCAGUUAUUUAGCUUUCAUUUUAAAACAUCUUUUUUGGAUGGUUUGUUGUUUUCCUCGAUCCAACCUUCUUUACACAUGGAUACUGUCUCUCUAAAGACCUGCAAAAAUGUUUUAGAGAUUUGAAUGAAAUCUCAUGCAUGUGAACAUUCACAAGCUUCCAUUCUGUCAGUGUUAGCUGUGUUCAAACUGUCACCCACAGCAGAAAACAUUCCAUUCUUCUGGACAAAACACUUUCAAACUAGUGGCGCUAGUGACAAGAACAAAUCAACAAAGAAAAGACCUAUGCACAUCUCUUGCAUUUUGUCAACUUUGUAAACAAAUUUAUUUUUACCAAGCAUGUAGUAGUGUGUAAAUGAUCUUUAUUUUUUAUUUAAGAGGGUAGAGAUGAAAUUGAAUACAAAAAAAAAAAAAUAACUGUUCCACCGUUUCAGAAAUGUGUAAUUUGAGAAUAUUCUUGUUUUAAUUGAGCCAAAUCAAAUUGAAAACCUUUUUAUUCUGUGCAGUUGUUUGAUAAAGAUGCAACCAUGAACUGCGUGGCAAAAGACGACCCGGUCUGUUCAUCUGAAUCAUUCUCUAAAUGACAAUACGUUAACUCAAACUGCCCAGUGUAAAUUCCUCUGCUGAUGACAGCAGCUCUUCAGUAUGAGCUUUUUAUAUAUAUAUAUCCUUUUAUGUGGUGAAGAACUCCGUGUCCUCUGCUCUGUGUUGUGUCAUCCUGCUAUUACACUUUACCCCUCUGUGUGAGUUAGCAAAGAUGGGGUGAAUGGAAACUUUUUGCUCAUCUUUCACCAUUUUGUUUUUCUGAAUUUUUCCCAGCAGCUGUGGUAGAUCACGCCCUGCCACUCAACUCUGUGUGACUGCAUUUGGGAUCAAUACCCAGUGUUUGAGAGUGAGGCAGUCAGUAUGUAUGUUUGUUUGACCAAUGGUACUGUGUGUCGCUUCUUUUGUAAUAUAAAGUACAUAGAACAUAUUUCUGUAUAUAAUAGAAAACGAGAAGUGGUGUUCUACUAAAGGUGCUUUAUGUACCAAACAUGCCUUUAAUGCUGAAGUUUCUAAAUGUAUGAAGUCAUUCCCCUGCUCUAAUCUCUCUUCUCCACUCAAAACUAAUAUAAAACUGUUUUCGUCAUUAAGGGAACUUCAUUUCUCACCUAUGUUUGUGCCAUAAUCAGGAGCAGAAGUUUGAAAUGGCAGCUUCCAAAUUAUUGUAACAUAAAUAAAUGUGAGAGCCAUAAUUUUCACCUGCUGAACCCUGAAUGACACACAGAUACAUGUGCAAGAGAGGGAGGGAUUUGUGUGCUUUAGCGGUCUUACAAAAGCUGUCCUACAAAAGCGGUCCUUCAAAUGUUGAGAAAUUUUUUCAGCUGAACUGAAGGAGGGGAAAGUCAGACUCAACAAAAACAAUGAAAUUUGAAACCGGUAUUAAAUAUGUAAGGUAAGAUGUGCUGAAUGGUUUUCAAUUUUGGAUGAAAAUAGUGACUAUGUAAAGGAAACAAUGGUGUACUUCAAACGGGAUGAUACUUUGUCGAGGGAAAAAAAUAGUUUGAAAAGGUUGAUUACUGACUACAGUACCAUGACGGAAGAAAUUCUGUCUUUAAAAGGCGUUGAUCUAACUUUACACAUUGAA